AGCCAGUUCUAUCAAUGCCUUCCCUACUCUUCUAAGCAUCCCAUUACCUUUCACACAUAGUAUAUUUUAGUGCUUGACGGGCACAGCAGCGCUUAUGCGUGUAAUUCCUUCCAUCUUCACUUCUCAGGACUACAUAUCUGAUCAUCUCUGGAAAGCUUCGGUAAAUUGAGUCAUAAAACGAGCCAGCGGGUUACAAAAUAUAGAAAAAUCAACAAUAAUGUUUGCACGAGUUAUCAAAUCAGCCCCAGUGGGGACUCAUCUUACCGCUGCUUUGAAGGGGCCGGCUUUUAACGCGCGGUUUUUGGCUACCGUCAAUCGAACCGAUUUGUCCCAGACCGCCAACCCUUCUACCAAAAUCAGCCCAUCCUCUCAUGACAGGGCGACUUUCACAAUCAGAGAUGGUCCGGUAUUCCACGGGAAGUCAUUUGGCGCCAAGUCAAACAUCUCUGGCGAAGCUGUCUUCACCACUUCUCUCGUGGGAUACCCGGAGUCCUUGAGUGACCCUUCUUAUCGUGGCCAGAUUUUGGUCUUCACCCAACCCUUGAUUGGUAACUACGGUGUGCCAUCCGCUGAACGAGAUGAAAAUGGCCUUCUUAAAUAUUUCGAAUCCCCGAGUCUCCAGGCUGUUGGUGUUGUCGUUGCUGAUGUUGCCGAGCGCUACAGCCACUGGACGGCUGUUGAGAGCCUCGGUGAAUGGUGCGCUAGGGAAGGUGUCCCCGCCAUUUCUGGAGUUGACACUCGCGAAAUUGUCACUUAUCUUCGAGAGCAGGGUUCUUCCCUAGCCCGAAUCACAAUUGGCGAGGAAUACGACGCUGAUCAGGACGAGGCCUUUGUUGACCCGGAACAAAUCAACUUGGUGCAAAAAGUCAGCACCAAGGCUCCCUUCCAUGUCAGCCCUGGCAACAGCACUGCACAUGUUGCUGUUAUCGACUGCGGCGUGAAGGAGAAUAUCCUGCGAAGUCUCGUCAACCGGGGUGCUAGCAUCACUGUCUUCCCUUACGACUAUCCCAUCCACAAAGUCGCUCACCACUUCGACGGAGUGUUCAUCUCCAACGGACCUGGUGACCCAACCCACUGCCACGAUACCGUCUUCAACCUCCGCAAGCUGAUGGAGACGUCCCAGGUACCAAUAAUGGGGAUCUGCCUUGGCCAUCAGCUCCUUGCCCUGGCGUCUGGCGCUCGGACCAUCAAGCUGAAGUAUGGCAACCGCGCGCACAAUAUCCCAGCUCUGGAUUUGACGACAGGUCGCUGCCAUAUUACCAGUCAGAAUCACGGAUAUGCCGUGGAUGCUUCUACGCUUCCAAGCGACUGGAAGCCUUACUUCAUCAACCUGAACGACUCUAGCAACGAAGGCCUUAUCCACAAGACCCGACCUAUUUUCAGUACCCAAUUCCAUCCGGAGGCAAAGGGUGGCCCGCUCGAUUCUUCGUAUCUUUUUGAUAUCUACCUGGAGAGCGUGCAAAAAUACAAAACCACCCAAGCUAUGUUCCAACCUCAACGAGACAGUCGCCCCAGCUCUCUGCUUGCUGAUCUUUUGGGCAAAGAACGGGUUGGAGUACAGACUACCAUUGGCGUCCAGACUGGGCCUAUCGCAGCCGACUCUGCCGCUGCUACUGUUGCUGCAGCCGCUUGAUUGAUGGAUUGUGCGGACGCCUUUUGCCUAUAUUCUCUUUUUGCCCAGGGUUCUUUGGCGUUUGAUUCUUGUCUCUUGUGUUUGUUAUUGUUUUGAUCCUUCUGCAUUUAUCGCGUCUCGAGUGCGUAGACCAUCGUUCAAUCCCAUGAUACUUUAUUUACCU